CGAGCUGAAGCCUUAUUCCCUAGGGCGCCUUGGUUAACAAGUGCAUGAAUGCAUUAAGUGCUUUUGCUGAGCGAAAGAGUCAUUGCAAUUCUUCAUCUCUUACGUGAAACGUCUUGUGGGAGGGGGAGACCACAAGGGAAAGCGAAGAAACGGAGUUACAGCAGCACAAACUCGCACUUCUGAAGCACCUUUCAUGUAGGAAAAUGUCUCCAAGCAGUUAGUAGCAGGAUAAGUAGGUAGGAGAUGACGACAUUUACAAUCAAAGAAAUCAGAUUUUGGAUGGGUUUUCAAAUCAAAGAGGGAGGAAGCAAGGUAGAGGGAUUUGGGGAACAAGUGCCAGAGAACAGGGGCGUCAGUGCUGAAAGCUUACUUGCAGGUGUUGGGGAGGAAUGGAUGAGGACAUGCAGAAUCCUGAGUUGGCAGUGGAUGAUGGAUGAGUGGGACCAUAGUAGGUUGCUGAAGUGGUCGGGGGGGACAAGACUGGAGGCAUUUGAAGGUAAGAACAAGGAUCUGAAAAAGCAGAGACAAAGCCAAACACAUUAUGCGGUUGCACUGGAUCAAGCCUUGGGUUUUGUGUUGUGCUGCAGAGAAUGGGCGGAGAACGGACAGCUUUGGGUGCAGCAGGUCUCCAGCAAUCCAUGCACACGUAUCGAUGUCGUCCACCUGCAGGAACAACUGGACCUGAAGCUGCAGCAGAGGCAGGCUCGGGAGACCGGCAUCUGCCCAGUCCGCAGGGAGCUCUACUCACAGUGCUUUGAUGAACUGAUUCGGCAGGUCACCAUUAACUGUGCAGAACGUGGGCUGCUCUUGUUGCGAGUCCGUGAUGAGAUCCGUAUGACCAUCUCUGCCUAUCAGACACUGUACGAAAGCAGUGUGGCCUUCGGGAUGAGGAAAGCCUUACAAGCGGAAGAGGGCAAGGCAGACAUGGAGAAAAAGAUCGCUGAUUUGGAAGUAGAAAAGAAAGAACUGGAGAGACAGGUGAACGAACAGAAAGCAAAGUGUGAAGGAAUAGAAAAGCGAGAGAAUGAAAGACGGCAAGUGGAUGACAAGAAACACGCUGAAGAAAUACAGUUUCUCAAACGAACUAAUCAGCAGCUUAAGGUGCAACUGGAAGGCAUAAUUACUCCAAAGAAAUGAAACUAUCGCGAUACAUUUUCCAUACAAUCCAUCAAACAUUGCUGCGUGUUCACUGAGAAUGAGUGUAAUUUUAAAUCGUAUAUUAAUUGCUGCAGGAGGUAAGCUGUUAUGUAGAAGCUCACUGAUCUAAAGUAGUCAUGGAUAUAAGGUGAUAUAAGGCAUCAAUUCAGUCUCUUUAAAACAUUUCAUAAUUUUAAUUUAAUUAGUGAUUUCAUUCAUUCAUUUUAAAUUUAAUUAAUAUCUCUACCCUUAUAAAAAUGCUUAGCAAUUUGUAUUUUUAAAAAUUGCAUGAAAAGACAGUCCAAAGGGUUAUCGGAAUUGGAGAGUUAAUGAGCACGAGUAUAUUUAUAUAUAUUAUAGUAUAUUAUAUUAUGUUUAGAGUAGCCGCUGAUGCCGUGCCGCUCUUGCUUGAGCCGCUGAUGGCUUCCCUCUUGCUGGUGAAUCUGCCUGAAGUUUAAACAGGGACGUUUUGUUGGAGGAAGGUAAAACAUUUAACAUAUAGCCCAGUUUUAAGAGAUGGAUUGGUACUAUUAAGCGGUGUUUAUUGUAUUUACUCAAAUCUACAGUGUUUUUUUCUUACUAAAACGUAUGUAUAAGAUCAGGCUGUGCCUUAGAAUCAACAGCAUUAGAAAAGCGUUACAGGAUUUUUCUCCAGCCUCUGAAAUCUGUGUUGCCUUUGAUUCCGAGUAAAUACAAUAAUUAUCCUAUGGUAGAUUCUGAGCCUCUAUAUUUUUCUAAACUAAACUCGCCCUUUUUCAAGCAACCCUGUCUGUAAAUGUGAUCAGCACACAAUGUUAAAAAUAUAUAUGCACACUGCAAAUUAUUUUGAAGCGCAUACAUUUUUUUUAGGGGUAUCGAUAGUGACAAGAGCUCAAUAAUGCUUCAUUAUUUCCUUCGAGACAAAAACAGGGUCUUUGGUUCAUUAAUGCAGUGUGGGAGCAGGCUGAACCAGAGUGACUUCACAUUGGCAAAAGGCAAUGAACCCAAAGAUGUGGAGAAGAUUACAACUGUAGAUUUUACAACAGAGUAGACAUGAGACAAAUCAAUUUGUAAAACACUAAAGAUGGAAAGCAGUUCGAGUUCUUACCCAGUGAAGCUGUGUGCAAUGCUUGUUUUAUAUAGAACUCCAAGUCUUUGGUCAAUGAGGUACUCCUACAUGCAAUUUGCUUUUUUCCCUCAGCUGUGAUAUAUUAUUUUCAUUUUUGUGUUAAAGUACAUUUUUGUUACUGGAUGAUUUCAAAUUCCUCAUUUUAUUUUGCAGCAAAUGUUCGGCAAUGCAUUUACAUGGGUUCUGUUCUUUUAAAAGUAACAAUUUCUUUAAAUAAAUUACUUAAUUAGUAAA